UUCAGUGUUCUGUGUGUUGAGAGAGUGCCGCGUUCCGUGAAACAAGUCGAGACACACAGUCAGCUGUACUUUUAGGAAUGGCAUAGUUUGUUUUGGGUGUGUUUAGUGAAUUAGUGAGCCUUUUUGUGACAAUGUAUAGUGGUUCUGGCAUUUAUUUGUUUUAUUUUCUGUUAAUUGUGCCCAAAUUUGAAUGCGCAAAUCGACUAAACGAAUACAUCAGCCACUAUGAGACUCUCAACUACGACACAUCGGAAGUCCAUAGGAACCAUUUGCGUGCGAAAAGGUCGGUCGUUUCCGACAACUUGGUUCAGCUGUCUUUUCGCGCGCACGACCGUCAUUUUCGAUUGCGGCUGAAGAGGGACCUGCAAGUUUUCAACGACAAGCUGGAGGUGCACGGACCAAACGGACAACCGAUAGAUGUCGAUACUUCUCACAUUUAUCACGGACAUUUGGGUGGUGAACCUGACAGUGUAGUGUUUGGAUCUGUAAUAGAUGGCGUAUUCGAGGGAAAAAUUGUCACUUCAAAGGACGCGUAUUUCGUAGAAAAGGCCCAUUAUUAUUUUCCACAUGAACAGCAUCCUAACAAAACAUUCCACUCGGUAAUCUACCACGACCACCACGUCGAAGAUCCAUACGCCCACAAACGAGAAGGUCACCAUAGCGGUUGUGGUAUUAACGACGACGUCAUUCAUUGGAUGGAAAAAGUCCAAAACUCCGGAACCAAUGAAAAAUUAAACCAAUCAAAUGAAGACACAUUGAACCAGGCACCUCUAAAAAAACCUAGAAUACACAAGAAAGUAGCGAAGCUGGAUAAAAUGAAGGAUGUACCGAGAUCACUGCCCCAAAAUUACGAGGACGGUACGAACAAAUAUUCCAAAGAAGCUAACGAAGGCCACAGGCGAAGGAGAGCGGCCAGAAGCGAAAAUAAGAAUACUUGCUCGUUGUACAUACAAACUGACCCUCUAAUUUGGAAACAUAUCAGAGAGGGAUUUCCUGAACACAACGAUCCCAGGAAGCAGAGCGAAGUGAACGAGAAAACGAGAGAGGAAAUUCUGUCAUUAAUUGCUCAUCAUGUCACUGCCGUUAAUUAUAUUUACUAUGGUACUAAGUUUGAUGGACGUUCGGAGCAUCGCGAUAUCAAGUUUGAAGUACAAAGAAUCAAGAUCGACGACGAUUCGUCCUGCAAAUGCAACCACCACAACUGCGGCGAAGUAAACCAGUUCUGCUUGGAGAACAUCGACGUGAGCAACUUUUUGAACAUCCAUUCAUUAGGCAACCACGAGCACUUCUGUCUCGCCUAUGUGUUCACCUACAGGGACUUCACCGGCGGCACCCUGGGCCUCGCCUGGGUGGCUAGCGCUUCCGGCGCCUCUGGCGGCAUCUGCGAGAAAUACAAGACUUACACGGAAACCAUUGCGGGGAUGUACCAAUCGACGAAAAGGUCCCUGAACACUGGUAUCAUUACUUUUGUCAACUAUAACAGCAGGGUGCCGCCCAAGGUUUCACAAUUGACGUUGGCCCACGAGAUUGGCCACAAUUUUGGAUCACCGCAUGACUACCCGCCAGAAUGCAGACCUGGCGGCUUGAAUGGUAAUUUUAUAAUGUUCGCGUCGGCCACUAGCGGCGACAGACCGAACAACAGCAAAUUUUCGAGUUGCAGUAUUAGCAACAUAAGUAAUGUUUUGGAUGCCAUUGAAGAAAAGAAGAAAAUAAACUGCUUUAAGGCAUCAGCCGGCGCUUUCUGCGGCAACAAGAUUGUCGAGGACGGGGAAGAAUGUGACUGCGGAUACGAUGAAAAGGAAUGUCAGGACAAGUGCUGUUAUCCGCGCAUAGUGAGCGAGGAAGACAAAAAGUUCAACAUCUCGGCGUCAGGUUGCAACCGUCGACGUGGUACCGAAUGCUCGCCGAGCCAGGGACCAUGCUGCAGCAGCGACAACUGUCGCUUCGUGCAGAAAUACGCGAACGAGGUGUGCAAAACCAAGUCCGACUGUUCCAUGUCCUCGAAGUGCAACGGCUCUUCGGCAGAGUGCCCGACACCCUUACCCAAGCCGGACAAGACGCGCUGCAACAACGGCACGCAGCUUUGCGUCAAAGGCGAGUGCAGUGGCUCCAUCUGCCUCGAGUGGAACCUGCAGGCGUGCUCGAUCACCACGCAGGAGCACCCGAACAUAGACAAGAGGAAGCUGUGCGAGCUUGCGUGCCAAAACGGCACGGACAUUUGCCGGAGCACCAGUGAGUUUGCCAGUAAAGUGGGUCUGCCGCCGGGCGGUAUCAGCUUAAGGCCCGGCAGUCCGUGCGAUAAUUUUCAGGGUUACUGCGAUGUGUUCUUGAAAUGCCGCGCUGUUGACGCUGACGGUCCGCUGGUGAGGCUGAUGAAUUUGUUGCUGAGUCCUGAGAACCUGGUCAACGUCGCGCAAUGGAUAACAAAGUAUUGGUGGGGCGUGUUGCUGAUGGGCAUCGGGUUUAUCAUAUUUAUGGGAUUGUUCAUCAAAUGCUGCGCCGUCCACACGCCCUCUUCCAAUCCGAAAAAAACGCCCGCCAGGCGCAUCGGAGAUACUUUAAGAAGACCGAUGAACACCUUGAGACGAAUGCGGCAUCAUCCUGGUGGCGCCCAAAACGCAACCCGCGAAGGGGGCGGGGAAAGAAGAAGUCGCAGUAGCGGCGAUAGAGGCGAAAGACCAGGACGAUCUAGUCACGGAGGGCCGCGGCAAGGCUACGGCGACCGAAGAGGUCACUACCACAACAAAGACUAUUAUGCGUUAGCAGCGUCGAGCAACAACACCGGGCAGCAGCAGCCGCAGGCUCACGGCGCCCGGGAGCCGUACGCGGGCGCCUACGACCGCGAAAGCUACGAAAUGAUGCGGCACAAAGUCUGACAAAACGCCGCCGUCACUGUCGACGACGGGCCGCAGCUGUCAGACUUUCCCGCCUCCCUGGCAGCCGCCACCGCCGCGAUUGCGGACGCGACGCCGCCGCCGCCGCCCGCUUCGCCGCGUCCCUGAUCGAUGAAAAAGCGGCCGCCAACCUGCACUGUGAUCUAUACCGAUGAUGAAUUAUUUAUUUAACGGACGUUGUUCUACGAUCGGGAAAUCCGUUGUCAAAAAACCGCAAUUGAUACGGGUGAGCAGGUGCGUUCCCAGCACGAAUGUGGGGGCGGAACUUUCAAAAAUUGACCAGUAACUUUCUAAAAGGUAUCGUUUUUUUUUAAUACUUAAUCUACAAAGUUUUUUGUUAGAAAUCGCCUUUUUGUUGUUUUGCUGCAAUGGGUUCAUUUUAGUAAAAUUAAUGCCAUUAAAAAUCAUAGUUUUUGUUUUAGGGUUUCAGAAAAUCUACAUAUAUUUAAUUUCAUUAUUUAAUUUAGAAUUUUUUUUUAUUUUACAAUUAUUCCAGGCAUUCCAUUCUUUGUUGUUUUAUGUGGCUAAAGUUCUAUGAACUUGCUAACAAAUUUUCUUUAAUUUAGGGAAUUUGUAAAAUAGUCACUAUCUCUUCACAAAAUGCACUAAAAAACUACAUUACUAAAUAAAAUCUCGUUCAAAACGCUUUUUAGGACGAAUAAUAGAAUAUUCUGAAACACGCAAUUCCAAACGUGUUUCAGACUAUACUUUUUCUACCAAUAAGAAAAUGUUCACUUUCCCAAAGUUUUUUUAAAUUUUACAAAAAUUAUAGUACUAGUUAUUAAGUAUUAAUCCUGUACAAGAUUUUGCUUUGUAACCUCUGGUUAUCAAAUUACAGGGGUGCAAAGGUUACAGUUUUCCUUUGACGAACUCAAAAUAAAAUAUUCCCUAAAAAUAUAUAACAAUUUUAAAAUUAAAUAUUCAAAAAAAUUAUUUUUUAAGCUUUUUCAAUUUUUUUCAAUGAAGCAGAUUUUUCUUCAGUUAAAUUUUUUCAAAAAAAUGCAUACAAAAAUAAGCUCAUUGGAAAGCUUCUACUUCCACACAUUUCCAUAAUUAAAGAAAAUUUGUGAGUAAUUAAUUAGCCAGGGACUGUAUAUGACUCAGAAUUUCCGAAGUGGGGUCGCGAUUUUUAAUGUAAUCAUAAAAAUAUAAAGUCAUACAAAUAUUAAUUAUGUACCAAUUCAACAACAAUCCACUCAAAAGUUUUGAAAAAAUCACAUUUGUUUUUACUUAUUUUCACAAUUAAAUAAUUCGCCGAUAUUUAUUUAGAAAAAUUAAUUACAUGUACAAUACUUGUGGAAAAAUUGUUGGGUAUGAUAAGUGUUGGCUGAACUUUAAAUGGGUGCAAUGGACUAUUGAAAAAAAUAUUUAAGUAGUUUGUUUAUAACUUUUUUUGCAACCAAAUGCAAUUUUCGACCAGUUUUGUGAUCUAAAAUACAUUUUUUCAAUAGUCAAUUGUAUCCAUGUAAAUAAUUUUUCAAUUAAAUAUCGCCGAAAUAUUUAAUUGUAAACAUAAGUAAUAAAUGAAAUUUAUUUAAAACUUUUGUGUGGAUUAUUGUUGCAUUGGUACCUAGUGGAUUUUUUUAUUAUUUCAUGAAACAUCGCGGGCCCACUUCAGGAAUUUUGACUCAUAUACCUAAUACUUUUGCCACAUCCUUAACAUUAAAUGGAUGGUUGAACUGGCCGCAAAAAUUACAAAUUAAAAUAUCGAAAAUUAAUUUGUCAAAAAUUACAAUUGUCUAAAUUAUUGUUUUUGCCAAUUCAAAAUAUUUCUUGUAAUUUUUGACAUACAAAUUUUCGUUUUUCUUUUUAUGGGAAUUUUUAAAU